AUGAAUCCCGGUCCAUACCCACAACAAAACUAUGUCAUGCUCAACAAGGAUCAAGGUAGCCUCCGUCCACCGCCUUAUCGCCGGAACGUUUCCCGGUACAGCUCGUACGGACGACGCAGCUCGGGCGACGGCGGAAGCUGCUGCCUCAACUGCAUUUGCUGCUGCUAUUGCUGGCUUUUCUUCCUCCUCAUCCUAACCGCCGCAAUCACGGUCGCUAUCUACGUGAUUUACCAGCCCAAGAUGCCCAACUACAGCAUCGACAGCUUCAACGUCGAAGCUUUCAAUGUUCAAUCCGAUUACAGCCUCAACGCGCAGUUCGACGUCAAUGUCAGAGCCAACAAUCCCAACGAGCGCAUCGCUUUCAGAUAUGGAGGUGAUAACUAUGUAAUUGUUAUGUAUUCUGGUACCAACCUCUGCUCGGGUAAGUUUCCGGGUUUCCAUCAAUCCGAGAAGAAUAAUACGGUCAUCAAAGUUGUGUUGAACGGGAAGAGCGAGUUCGGGUCUGGUCUUCAAGAGGCUCUGACGGAGAACCGCCGUAACGGGAAGAUUCCGUUGGUUGUUAAAGUGAAGGUUCCGGUUGGUGUGGUUCUUGGAAGGUUGAAAUUGAGACAGGUCAAUGUGUUUGCCAAUUGUUCGUUGGUUUUGGAUAGUUUGGAUCCGAACAAGAAACCGAAUAUUUUGUCGAGUAAAUUCACUUAUACUUUUGGAUUGGAUGGAUAUCAUCUUGAUCCCAUCGAUUGA